CGGACGUGGAGCGGUGAAAAGGCGCGCAAUUCGAAAUUCCAAAAAAGAAGCCAUAAGUUUGAAUUACUUCGCGGGCGCCUGUUUGGAUGCUACGAAAGUGAAUGCACUGGGCAUCUCCAGACUCAGAUUCUGAUUCGGAUUCGGGCUGCGAUUCUGAUUCUGAUUCAUCGGCGACCGGUCUUUGUUUGCGCGAAUGUGUGCCAACCAGGAUGUGGGCGUGGCCGCCCCCGCCCCCGCCGCCCGAUAAAGUGAAGUGCCGAGGAGUGGAGUGCAAGAAUGCCCCCCAUUUCGCGAAAGUGUUCUGUGAAAUCCUGUGAGAAACGGCUCCUGGCUGCUGCGGUUGGCUUUGCCAAAUAAAGCAAGGAAUAAGUUAAAACAUACGUUCUCUGCGGUCUGACUCGGUGAAAUAGAAACAAAAAUCCUGGGCCAGGGGCGGGAAAAGACAGUCACGUCCGUGCUACUCGUCCCCUCCUCCGGGGAAAAUGUGGUAUGCAAAUUCAACCGAGAAGACUUCAUAAAAGCAAUGCAAAUAAUUAAAUAACAGUGCGGGAACAAACAGCACGGAGCAGCAGCAGCUUGACAUGCUACUUGGGCUGGCGAAACUUGGAUUAACUAGCUGCGAGGAAAUAAAUACGAGCUGCGAAACACAAACUCCGAGAUCCGCAAUCCGAAAGCAAAUCCCAAACCAAUCCAAGUUCCGCCCAGGUGCGACCGCCGACAGAUGCCCUCGCCCAAUAAAAUGUCCUGGCGGGAAAAGGAGUGCCCCGCAGGACGAGGGGCGGCCAUCCUGGCCGGGAGGAGUCCGGGCACCGCCAGCAUACUGUUGGCGUUUCUGGCAGCUGUCAGCUUUCGUGGCAUGCGAGCGCCGCUGGCAGCCACGGCCACUCCGAUGGAGAACGCAUCGCUAAUUGCCCCGCCGGCGACGGGGACAACCACAAUGGCGGUGGACACGGGCCCAGGAUCGACGGAACCCCCUGUCCUGAUGCUGGGCGACACCCGGCAGGAGGAGGAGGACACCACGGCGGUGGAUUCUUGGAGCGACCGGCCCGACACGGCCACUCUGACAAAGGGCUUCUCGAUUCCCACGUAUUUGCCGCCCUUUCCGGACUUCAUCCCCGCCGACCUGCCGCACCUGCAGCGGAAUGCCUCGUCUCGAACCGCGCAUCCUGCAGACAGCAGCAGCAGCAACAUCAGCAACAUCAGCAGCCCAUCCGGCAGUCCGGUGCCGCCUAACGAGCAAUCCCGUCUGCACGCCUACGACAGCGAACAAAAGGCCCAGCAGUUGCGGCGCGAGAAGGAGCUGGCCAAGGAGCGGGAGCUCCUGCCCCGCCGCCAGCUCAGCCUGCCCCCGCUGAACGCCACCGUCCAAGCUGGCCAGCACGCCUAUCUGCCCUGCAAGCUCAACCAGCACUCCGGUAAGCCGCUCUCCUGGGUUCGUUUGCGGGAUGAACAUAUCAUUGCGGUGGAUCACACAACCUUCAUCAACGAUGCGCGGUUCGCAUCGCUGCUCCAGUCCUCCACCUCGACGACAAUUGUAUCAGGGGCUGCUCCUGCGUCCGCGGUGGCCCCCUCCGUUGCGCCGGGAAACGGCUCCGCCCACGGGGGUCUGGGAGGUCAGGAGCGGGGCAACGGCAGCAGCCUCAGCUGGACGCUGCAAAUCAAAUAUGUGAAGCUCGAGGACGCCGGCUGGUACGAGUGCCAGCUGGCAACGGAGCCAAAAAUGAGCGCCAAGGUGCAGCUGUUUGUGAUAACACCCCGAACCGAGCUAAUCGGCGAUCGGCAGCGCUUUGUGAAGGCCGGCAGCAAGGUGGAGCUGCACUGCAUCGUGCGAGGCACCCUGGAGGCCCCCAAAUACAUAUUCUGGUACCGAGGCGACCAACAAGUAACUGCCGAAAACGAGGCCAGCGGUGCCCAGAGCGGAUGGUACACGCAAAUAGACAGGAAUAUCUUCGGCAGCACCGAGCAUAAUCGGAACACGAUUGGUUCGCUGGUCAUCCCGCUGGUGCGCAAGGUUCACUCCGGCAACUACACGUGUGAACCGGAGAACAGUGCGGCAGUUUCCAUGCAGUUGCACGUCCUGAGCGGGGAAUACUCCGCCUCUGCCAUAAAGUCGACUGCUGCCAACCUCCAUAGACUGGGCCCCGGAUACAGUCUCCACCAGUGGCUAAUCUUCCUUCUGGUGGCCCUGAACAAAACAUGAGUGGUUCUGGAGGAAAUCCUAUCAUGGAGUGCGCUGGAAUUAUUAUCCGAUCGGGGAGUUUUGUCUAAGACAUUAGUUUAAUUUCUAGGUAAAUUGCACUUACACUCAAACGACGAUAUGGUUUAUUCUGCUGACACUUCUUAAAGUCUAAGCUCAUCUUUCCGAAUAUAAACAACAUUUUUAUACAAAUUCUAGACUUAACAAUGUUUCCUUUACUCUAGUCAUUAGAUCUAGUUCAAUAAGAAUUAUCAUAAGCAUCUAAAUCCGAGUAACGAACUUUUAUUUGUUAUUUGCGUAAAUAAAG